AUGUCAAGAAACAGUGAUAAAGCCAAUACAGUACUUUUCAGAUAUCAAGAACAAAAAGCAGAAGAAUCAGGAUAUAUAGAUUAUAAUAGUACACAAAGACCUAGAAAUAUUGGUAAAGUUUUAAAUUUAAAAGAUUCAGAAAAUUGGAGGAAACAAGUAUUAAAAGAAAUAAAUCAAAAAAUUACUAAAAUACAUGAUGAUAAGUUAUCAAAUUAUCAAAUUAGAGAUUUAAAUGAUGAUAUAAAUAAAUUAAUGAAGGAAAAAUAUUCAUGGGAAUAUCAUAUUAGAGAAUUAGGUGGGACUGAUUAUAUUAGACAUGGUCAAGGGCAAAUUGGAUUCCAAUCGGGUGUGCUGAUUAGAGGGUAUAGAUAUUUUGGUAGGGCAAAAGAAUUACCUGGUGUUAAAGAAUUAAUUGCUAAACAAGAUGCUAAAAAAUUUGAAAAAAAUCAAGAUUUACAAAUAAACAAAACUCAACGUGAGAAAUUUUUAGAGUUGGAAGAAAGAAUAAAUCUUGAUUAUUUUGGUUAUUAUGAUGAAAUAAAUGUUGGAGAAAGUGAUGAAAAGAUGAUUUGGAAUCAAGUUAAUGAGAUUAUAGGUGAAAAUAUUGAAGAUGAAGAUGAAGAACAAGAUCAAAUUAAAGAUGAAUUAUUAAAAUAUGAAAGAAGUAUAAGUAGGAAAUUUGAAAAAAAAUUACAAAAAGAACCAAUAAUUAAUGAUAAAGAUAUAAUUAUAAUUGAAGAUAAUGAAAUAUUAACAUUACAACAAGUUGAGAAUCAUCUUGUUAUGAAAAAACGUCAACAAUUAGUUGAAAAAUAUAGUAUAUAA